AUGCUGGAUUAUCAAUAUAUCCCACUGGAAAAGUCUCAGCUAAGAGUACUGACCCUCCUAGCUGGCGAGUUUGAUGAUCCUCUGACCGGCGUCUUGACACACCAACAGUUCCUCCCGGGAAUUUCCGACAUUCCAAAAUAUGAGGCGGUAUCAUAUUUCUGGGGUGACCAGAUGGAAAUGACGACCAUUGUCAUCUAUCAAGGUUUCCAUCGGAGGAAAAAACUAAUUAGACCUUGCCUAGCAACUGCCCUGCGGCACUUCAGACAACAAGACCAGCCUCGAAAUCUUUGGUGUGAUUCCAUCUGCAUAAACCAAGACGAUCUUGUCGAACGAGCGGCUCAGGUUCUUCUCAUGGGCGAAAUAUAUCGAGAAGCUGACCGGGUCAUUGUUUGGCUUGGACCUGAAGAAGAUGAUAGCUCCGUGGCUUUGAAGAUACUCGACCACAUUGGAUCCAACGUACGUUUCGAUCCUGCCAGAUAUGAAUUGUCCCCUCUCCCGGGGACGAAUAGUAGAUUAGGAGAUUUGAAUUCGGCCCUCUCGUACAAACAAAGGGAGUGGCUGGCGAUGAAAAAGCUCUUUGCCAGACCUUGGUUCACAAGGCUCUGGGUCAGGCAGGAAAUCGUUCUGGCGAAGCCAUCCGCCAUCGUGGUUGCCGGAUAUUCAACGACCACCUGGACGAGAUUUGGGCAAGCAGUGGGAUGUAUCGAAGUCAAGAUUGCUUUGGGCAACACAAACUCGCCCUUUUUGACUCGUUUCGUCCACGACGUUAGCAAUAUCGUGGCUCUCUUUCGAACCACAUUGUUCAGACAUCCGGUUGCGUUGCUCAAUUUUACGCGCUCUUGCCAGUGCAGAGACGACAGAGAUCGAGUGUACUCGCUCCUGGGUCUCAUUGACUCUAGCUACAAGAUUUGUCCCGAUUACUCUCGAAACGCCAGAGACGUCUGCAAAGAAUUCAUGUUUAGCGUAUAUAGAGAAGACGCGAGGCUGGAUAUGCUAGCAUUUUGCGACUCUACAGCGAGCCCGAGCUGGGUGCCCAACAUUCCGGGGCAGAAUCCUGCCCACCACUUUUGGCGCAACUUUGCUACUGGAUACUCCGAGGCUCGCUUGAACAUGAUGCAAGGGGACGUGAUGGGUGUCAAGGCGGUAAAGUGCGGACUUGUGUCGAAUCUCGUCGGCCACAUACCAAGAGGAUGUGCUGAAGACGAGUUGAAGCAACGAGUAAAGACCAUGUUGAAGCAACAACUUGGUACGGACACUAAGAAGUGGGAACAUGGGGCGACAAUUCAACUCACGCAGGCAUUACUAGGUGGUCACUGGUUCGAAAAUACCGGUCACCAACAUGACCCCCAGUUAAUGGGAGUGGUGUCUGUGCUAAAGAACUGGGUCGUUGAGGAUUUCGGCAGAACCAACGGCCAGGAUGCCUUUUUGGACAUGCUUGUAAUCUGGGCCAUGUUGAACGCGCUGCCUGGAUGGUCCGUCUAUCGAGCAAACAAUAGUCUAUUCGGCAUUUGUUCAAACAUGUGCCUACCCGGCGAUCGAAUAUACGCCGUCCUUGGUUGCAAGGAUCCCAUUAUACUUCGAAAACGCGAGGAUUUUACCUAUUACCGUAUUGUUGGGCCGACAUAUAUCCACGACUUUUCAUGUGGGCAAGCCAUCUUGGGGCAACCUGCUGUUAGUUCAAGCUUCGUUGAUUCAUUUGACAAUCCAUAUUUAAGCUUUGAGAGAGAAGAUGGCUUAGGGAAGAAAGGCGAUCCACAUCUCCAACAUAUCGACUUCCCCUACAAAGUUGAGGACGAUCAUCCACUCUGGCAUAGAAACAAGGGCUCUAUCGGCCGUACCGAGGUUGGCUCUUCGCAUCUUGAAGCAUUCCAUGAACGUGGUGUUCGAGUAGAGGAAAUUCUUCUUCAAUAG